AUGGCCUGUUUCCUCCGGCGAAAGUGCCAGCCGGAAUGCGUUUUCGCUCCUUACUUCCCUCCCGACCAGCCCCAGAAAUUCGCCAACGUUCACAAGGUUUUUGGCGCCAGCAAUGUGACGAAGCUUCUGAACGAACUUCACCCCGGCCAGCGUGAAGAUGCUGUAAACUCACUCGCUUACGAGGCUGAUAUGCGGCUGCGAGAUCCCGUUUAUGGCUGCGUAGGUGUCAUUUCUCUUCUACAGCAUCAGCUCCGCCAGCUUCAGAUAGACCUAACCUGCGCAAAAUCCGAGCUUUCCAAGUACCAGACGGCCCUACACUUCCACGCCGGCGGCGCCGCCGCCGUCGGAGGAGGCCACCAGUUUUUUCCACAGCAGGGGACAGCGGGGGUGCAGGUUUUCAAUGGGUAUGAGCUGGCGGUCAACAUGGGAGGGGGGAUCGGACAGCUGGCGGCGGUGCAGGGGUUCCAGCAGAGGGGGGCGGCGGCGGACGGCCGCCGGACGCCGGUGGAGCCGUCUUAG